AUGUGUGAUGAGGAGUCGGAUAAUAGUCAUGACGACUCCCCGGAUGAUGAGCCAGAUUGUAAAAAGGAGUAUUCGUUAUACAACAUAGCGUAUUCAGACAAUGUAGAUCAGGUUAAUAGCUAUAAAACGAAGUUGCUAAUAAACGAAGUGCCUGUGAGCAUGACAAUUGAUACCGGGGCAGUGGUUUCGGUCAUGCCCGAAGAUGUUUUUGAUAAAUUAUUUGAAGGUAAAUCUAACAAACCUAACCUUUCCAGGAGUGAAGUUCGUCUGAAAACUUAUACUGGUCAAAAGAUACAUGUUGUGGGCGAGUUUCAGGCAAAGGUUGCGUCUCGCUGGGAAAAUCAUGUACUUCCUAUGGUGGUGACACGCAGCGAAGUUCCUAACCAGCCUAUUUUGCUGGGUCGUAACUGGAUGAGUAAAUUACAACUGGAUUGGAAAAACGUAACAAGCGGAAGACAAAGUGACUCAGUACAACUGGUUAGCGGUAAGAAGUCUCCAGUAUUAUCUAUCAUUAAUGAUCUGAAGAAAGAAUUUCAAAAUGUUUUUGAACCCGGGAUUGGGACUAUUAAAGACAUUGAAGUCGAACUUGUAUUGAAAGAUGAAGCGGUGCCUGUUUUCUGUAAGGCUCGCAGUGUGCCUUAUGCACUUAGAGAUGCUUUAGAAAAAGAAAUUGAAAAAUUGAUAAGUUGCCUGACAAUUCGGAACGGCCAGUUGCUUUCGCUUCCAGGACUCUAUCUCCACAAGAACAGAGGUACCCUCAGAUUGAACGUGAAGCCUUAG